AUGGCGGGCUUUGAGUGCAUUGCUUCGGUUUACCGACUGGGUGAGAGAUUACAGGUGCCGGUUGUCAUCGCUUCACUGGAUUUAGGGCCGUUAGUAAGGCCUGGGCGUAUCGAUUGCGAAGUUGAACAGAACUGUUCAGAGGUAGUCCGUGUACCAGAAUGCCAGGAGGGGGUAAUGUGGGAUGAAGAUGUAGGAUACUUUGCAAUAUGUGAGAAAAGAGGUGGUAAAUUCAGGGGAAUCGGACUCUCUGGUUCUAAUAGAAAGGAGGAUCGAAGUUUUCCCAAACCACCUGGUUGCAAGCAAGCUGCCGAAAAGAGCACGCCCGGUCUUGUUGAGGUGCUUGUGGGACUUGUUCAUAGACGUUGCCCGACGAAUCACACAGAGGCGACUAUCACCGGGUACUCAGCCAAGCACGGACCCUUCCGCCCGGUGACUUACGGCGAUACCGCCCGCAGCAGCCUCUGGAUCGCCGGAGGUGCGCAGCCGGAAUUCGUGCGUAUUUCGUCCAAAAAUAACCUCAAAAUGGAACUGAAUAAAAUCAUUCCGAAUAAAAAGAUGAUCGAUCGAAUUUCAGAGGCAGAACAUCCCAUAUCUUGGUUCUGCAUCAAAGAUGAAAGGUAG